GGUUCAUUUUUCUUACAAUUCCAGCUGCCAAGGACACGAGCCCACUUGCUCCUAAAACCUCACUAAAACCUCACUAAAACCAAAUGUCUAUCGACGUUGAGAAGCUAAUCGACGACAAUAUACCUGAUGGUGCAGCCGAAGAAGACAACCCGUCACGUCUCCAGUCAUGGAUAGUAUUGAUCGCUGGGUUCAUCGUCCACAUCUACGGCGUCUACCAGGUCGAAUACCUUGUGAACGAGUUCCCGAAUACCCCUGCAACGACCAUUGCUUGGAUCGGCACUCUAAUGUUCUUUGGAAUCGCGUUCUUUGGACUGUUCGCCGGUCUAGUGUGCGAGAAAUUCGACCCACGGUACGCUUGUAUGUGCGGUGUACUGGUUGUUGGUGGAUCGAUGACACCACUGGCAUUGCUGCUGACGCAGGGGAUUUUGUUUGGUGUUGGGGCUGGAUUCAUUGACGUUAUCUCAAUCAUUGUUCCGACGCAGUGGUUCCCGAAACACCCAGGAAGUGGCGCGUGGUUUGCGAGUGUCGGUCGCCCUUGGGCCAUGCGCAUCACCGGAUUCAUCAUGCUUGGCUUGGGGCUGCCAUGUAGCUGGCUAUUGAAGCCGCGGACUAAAAUCGUGCGUGAAGGCAAAUUCCUCGAUUUUUCUCUGCUGUUCGAUGUGCGCUACGCACUGCUGUUCGUUGGAAGCCUGCUGUCAAUGGCCAGCUUUUUCUCACCGUUUUACUAUAUGCCAUCGUACAGCGUGAAUUUCAGCACGAAGCUGCAGAUGGUUCUGAAUCUGACGUCGCUUGUCUCGCGUCUAUUCAUUGACCAGAUCACAUGUCGCAUCGGCGCGCUAAACACAUUGUUACUUUCAACGUUGGCAGGGACUGUCGGAAUAGCCAUUUUCUGGCUGCCAUUCAAGAAUAUGGUGGCUGCUGACUUGUUUGGCGGGGAGCGUCUAGGCACAACGCUAGGUGUCAUAUACUUUGGAUACUCUGUAGCGACACUCAUUACAUCGCCUGUCAAUGGUGUAUUGCUGGACAAUAUUGGACACAAGACCGACUACUCGAGCCUGAUCAUCUACUGUUCAGUGCAGUUGGUGGUUGCGACAGUGGCUCUAGUCGUACUGCGACUGCUUGUUUCCCGUAAAUUUAUUCAUGUGUGUUGACAUGGCCUGGCAUUCAAAUGAAGAUUAGUACAUGUCCUGCAAUUUAAUAUGAAACACUAGUAAAUGUAAGAAAUUAA